AUGGACCUUCUCGCCGAACUCGAGAUACUAGCUGUCACAGCCAACAACGAAGACAACAGCAUCAUCCUUGAAACUGCCUCUACCAACCAGUACUACAACCACACAACCCAGCCCCCCACCGCCCUCCGCCCUAGGGACAAGAACUCAACCUUCCUCGUCAAGCUCGAAGGACCUCUUAGCAGCCCAUUUCAAGUCCAAGAGCUGUCCAAGUCUGUCACAACCCCCAUCCUCAAAGCAGGAGUCGGCGAAACCUCCACUGCCAACUUCUGCCUCAUUUCCGGCGCCAUGAAGCUCAAUAUUGUCUCCGCUCUCGCUGGGAGUACAUUCUCCGCAACAUUUGUUCGAAUCAACCUCUCCCCGAAAGAUCUCUCCCCACAUAGCAUCGCACCUUGUCUGGGUAGUGAUAUCGAACCUACUCUUCCGCAGAACCGGGCUACUAAUGCGGAUGAGGUGUUUCUUCCGAAGCAGAGCCAGUACCCCGUGUGGUAUUUCUUCUAUGGGGACUUGACUGUGCCGGAAAUUCUAUAUGAAAGAUUGGGGUUGGAUGAAAGGCCUGUGUAUCGAAAAGCAGCGCUUAAGAAUGGGACUCUGAAGACCUGGGGAGGGGGCAAGUAUAAGGCUUUGAUUGAUGGAAAUGCGUCGGCGAGGGUGGAAGGGUGGGCGUAUGAAGUGGGAUCUGAGGAGGAUGAGGAGAUGCUGAGGUAUUAUGGGACGGAUUGCUAUGAGGUGGUGAGGUGUGAUAUUUCUAUGGUGGAUGAUGAGGAAGUGGUCAGGGGGUUGGUGUUUAGGUUAAUGGGGGAUGUUGAUUAG